GCUAAUUUCAGGCAGAUGUAUCACAUGGGAGCCAUGGGUAAGACCCUCAAUGAGCUGCAUGCUAUGCUCAAAACUGCUGAGCAAAAUGUCUUGGUUGAACCUAGGAAGGAUGUUCUUAUGGUCAACAAAGGGAAAGGGUUUAAGAAAGGGCCACAGAAGAAGCAACAGUCUCAAGGGAAGGGCAAGACAGUUGUUCCACCUAAGGGAAACACACCUAAAAUAAAGGUGGCUGCUGAGCAUGACUGCUUCUACUGCAAGGCUAAGGGGCACUGGAAGAGAAACUGCCCCAAAUAUCUGGAAGAUAAGAAGAGGGGUGCCUCUGCUUCAGGGACUACGAAAUAGGAGACGGUUGCAGAAGGGUGAGAUAGAUCUUCGCGUUGGAAAUGGAGCAAGAGUUGCUGCACUUGCCAUUGGAGAUUAUAGUCUACCGCUACCUUCUGGCUUGGUUUUAGAACUUUAUAAUUGUUAUUUUGUUCCUUCUAU